AUGACUCCCUCGCCAGUCGCCGUGCGACCACCAGUCGCAUCCGCCAGCCUACUCUCUCCAUCCCUCAAUUCCCCCGUAUGCGCCACGUCAGCCAGAGCCACGUCAGUGAACGUGUGUGCAGCGAGCGCGUCGGCAAUCCCCAGGCCGCUAGAGCGGCUCGAGGUGGCUGGCAGCCCGUUCGAGCGCGGCUGUGCGAUCGGCGCGCAUUUCGGCGACAAGAUUCGCGAUCGCGUCGCCAAGGCGCCGUUUCUGCACGACGACAUGAUUCCGUUCGCACGCACGGGCGAUGGGGCUGCGCUGCUGAAUGCGUUUGCCGAGUCCAACAGGGCGCAGUACCCGGAGUACUGGGAGGAGCUGCGCGGCAUGGCGGCGGGCAGCACCGUGCCCUUUCACCAGGUGGGCCCAUCAACUGCCCUUUCACCAGGUGGGCCCAUCAACUGCCCCGCACCACAGCUGACCUGGAUCGCCGGCCAUGCGUGGCGUGUGUUCCUCUCUCUGUUCUUCAACGGAAACUGCUCCUGUUCCCACCCCUGGCCAUCCCCCUGCACAUGCCGCUCUCUUCCUCUCCUCUCGUCUCUGCUGCUUCUGAAUCUCCGCAAGGAGUUCGGUGCCUUCUUGCCCUCCCUCAACGCGCCUGCCACGUCAGCAGUGCUGCCAGAGUCUGCCACGUUGGACAGGCGGACGCAGUAUGGCAUAGCAUCUGACGACUGCACUGACGUGCUGCUGCUCACUGAUGACGUGGCAGCAGUGGGACACAACGAGGAUGCCGAUUACUCAAUUGUGGAUAACUCUUUCUUCAUCCGCAUGCACACGGGCAGCGGGGUGGCAGUCAUGGCGUACACCUAUGUGGGCGAGCUGCCCUCCGUCGCCUUUGCGUUCAACGAGGCUGACAUGGGCGGAACUGUGUUGCUGCCAGCCUCUGUUACUCGCAUCAUCCGUUCUUGCGCCUGUGCUCUCCAUCCUCUCUUCCCCUUGCCUCUCCUGUGCUCUCCAUCCUCUCUUCCCCUUGCCUCUCCUGUGCUCUCCAUCCUCUCUUCCCCUUGCCUCUCCUGUGCUCUCCAUCCUCUCUUCCCCUUGCCUCUCCUGUGCUCUCCAUCCUCUCUUCCCCUUGCCUCUCCUGUGCUCUCCAUCCUCUCUUCCCCUUGCCUCUCCUGUGCUCUCCAUCCUCUCUUCCCCUUGCCUCUCCUGUGCUCUCCAUCCUCUCUUCCCCUUGCCUCUCCUGUGCUCUCCAUCCUCUCUUCCCCUUGCCUCUCCUGUGCUCUCCAUCCUCUUUUCCCCUUGCCUCUCCUGUGCUCUCCAUCCUCUCUUCCCCUUGCCUCUCCUGUGCUCUCCAUCCUCUUUUCCCCUUGCCUCUCCUGUGCUCUCCAUCCUCUCUUCCCCUUGCCUCUCCUGUGCUCUCCAUCCUCUCUUCCCCUUGCCUCUCCUGUGCUCUCCAUCCUCUCUUCCCCUUGCCUCUCCUGUGCUCUCCAUCCUCUCUUCCCCUUGCCUCUCCUGUGCUCUCCAUCCUCUUUUCCCCUUGCCUCUCCUGUGCUCUCCAUCCUCUCUUCCCCUUGCCUCUCCUGUGCUCUCCAUCCUCUUUUCCCCUUGCCUCUCCUGUGCUCUCCAUCCUCUCUUCCCCUUGCCUCUCCUGUGCUCUCCAUCCUCUCUUCCCCUUGCCUCUCCUGUGCUCUCCAUCCUCUCUUCCCCUUGCCUCUCCUGUGCUCUCCAUCCUCUCUUCCCCUUGCCUCUCCUGUGCUCUCCAUCCUCUCUUCCCCUUGCCUCUCCUGUGCUCUCCAUCCUCUUUUCCCCUUGCCUCUCCUGUGCUCUCCAUCCUCUCUUCCCCUUGCCUCUCCUGUGCUCUCCAUCAUCUUUUCCCCUUGCCUCUCCUGUGCUCUCCAUCCUCUCUUCCCCUUGCCUCUCCUGUGCUCUCCAUCCUCUCUUCCCCUUGCCUCUCCUGUGCUCUCCAUCCUCUCUUCCCCUUGCCUCUCCUGUGCUCUCCAUCCUCUCUUCCCCUUGCCUCUCCUGUGCUCUCCAUCCUCUUUUCCCCUUGCCUCUCCUGUGCUCUCCAUCCUCUCUUCCCCUUGCCUCUCCUGUGCUCUCCAUCCUCUUUUCCCCUUGCCUCUCCUGUGCUCUCCAUCCUCUCUUCCCCUUGCCUCUCCUGUGCUCUCCAUCCUCUCUUCCCCUUGCCUCUCCUGUGCUCUCCAUCCUCUCUUCCCCUUGCCUCUCCUGUGCUCUCCAUCCUCUCUUCCCCUUGCCUCUCCUGUGCUCUCCAUCCUCCCCUUGCCUCUCCUGUGCUCUCCAUCCUCUCUUCCCCUUGCCUCUCCUGUGCUCUCCAUCCUCUCUUCCCCUUGCCUCUCCUGUGCUCUCCAUCCUCUUUUCCCCUUGCCUCUCCUGUGCUCUCCAUCCUCUCUUCCCCUUGCCUCUCCUGUGCUCUCCAUCCUCUUUUCCCCUUGCCUCUCCUGUGCUCUCCAUCCUCUCUUCCCCUUGCCUCUCCUGUGCUCUCCAUCCUCUCUUCCCCUUGCCUCUCCUGUGCUCUCCAUCCUCUCUUCCCCUUGCCUCUCCUGUGCUCUCCAUCCUCUUUUCCCCUUGCCUCUCCUGUGCUCUCCAUCCUCUCUUCCCCUUGCCUCUCCUGUGCUCUCCAUCCUCUUUUCCCCUUGCCUCUCCUGUGCUCUCCAUCCUCUCUUCCCCUUGCCUCUCCUGUGCUCUCCAUCCUCUCUUCCCCUUGCCUCUCCUGUGCUCUCCAUCCUCUCUUCCCCUUGCCUCUCCUGUGCUCUCCAUCCUCUCUUCCCCUUGCCUCUCCUGUGCUCUCCAUCCUCUCUUCCCCUUGCCUCUCCUGUGCUCUCCAUCCUCUUUUCCCCUUGCCUCUCCUGUGCUCUCCAUCCUCUCUUCCCCUUGCCUCUCCUGUGCUCUCCAUCCUCUUUUCCCCUUGCCUCUCCUGUGCUCUCCAUCCUCUCUUCCCCUUGCCUCUCCUGUGCUCUCCAUCCUCUUUUCCCCUUGCCUCUCCUGUGCUCUCCAUCCUCUCUUCCCCUUGCCUCUCCUGUGCUCUCCAUCCUCUUUUCCCCUUGCCUCUCCUGUGCUCUCCAUCCUCUCUUCCCCUUGCCUCUCCUGUGCUCUCCAUCCUCUCUUCCCCUUGCCUCUCCUGUGCUCUCCAUCCUCUCUUCCCCUUGCCUCUCCUGUGCUCUCCAUCCUCUCUUCCCCUUGCCUCUCCUGUGCUCUCCAUCCUCUCUUCCCCUUGCCUCUCCUGUGCUCUCCAUCCUCUCUUCCCCUUGCCUCUCCUGUGCUCUCCAUCCUCUCUUCCCCUUGCCUCUCCUGUGCUCUCCAUCCUCUCUUCCCCUUGCCUCUCCUGUGCUCUCCAUCCUCUUUUCCCCUUGCCUCUCCUGUGCUCUCCAUCCUCUCUUCCCCUUGCCUCUCCUGUGCUCUCCAUCCUCUUUUCCCCUUGCCUCUCCUGUGCUCUCCAUCCUCUCUUCCCCUUGCCUCUCCUGUGCUCUCCAUCCUCUCUUCCCCUUGCCUCUCCUGUGCUCUCCAUCCUCUCUUCCCCUUGCCUCUCCUGUGCUCUCCAUCCUCUUUUCCCCUUGCCUCUCCUGUGCUCUCCAUCCUCUCUUCCCCUUGCCUCUCCUGUGCUCUCCAUCCUCUUUUCCCCUUGCCUCUCCUGUGCUCUCCAUCCUCUCUUCCCCUUGCCUCUCCUGUGCUCUCCAUCCUCUCUUCCCCUUGCCUCUCCUGUGCUCUCCAUCCUCUCUUCCCCUUGCCUCUCCUGUGCUCUCCAUCCUCUCUUCCCCUUGCCUCUCCUGUGCUCUCCAUCCUCUUUUCCCCUUGCCUCUCCUGUGCUCUCCAUCCUCUCUUCCCCUUGCCUCUCCUGUGCUCUCCAUCCUCUUUUCCCCUUGCCUCUCCUGUGCUCUCCAUCCUCUCUUCCCCUUGCCUCUCCUGUGCUCUCCAUCCUCUCUUCCCCUUGCCUCUCCUGUGCUCUCCAUCCUCUUUUCCCCUUGCCUCUCCUGUGCUCUCCAUCAUCUCUUCCCCUUGCCUCUCCUGUGCUCUCCAUCCUCUCUUCCCCUUGCCUCUCCUGUGCUCUCCAUCCUCUCUUCCCCUUGCCUCUCCUGUGCUCUCCAUCCUCUCUUCCCCUUGCCUCUCCUGUGCUCUCCAUCCUCUUUUCCCCUUGCCUCUCCUGUGCUCUCCAUCCUCUCUUCCCCUUGCCUCUCCUGUGCUCUCCAUCCUCUUUUCCCCUUGCCUCUCCUGUGCUCUCCAUCCUCUCUUCCCCUUGCCUCUCCUGUGCUCUCCAUCCUCUUUUCCCCUUGCCUCUCCUGUGCUCUCCAUCCUCUCUUCCCCUUGCCUCUCCUGUGCUCUCCAUCCUCUUUUCCCCUUGCCUCUCCUGUGCUCUCCAUCCUCUCUUCCCCUCGCCUCUCCUGUGCUCUCCAUCCUCUCUUCCCCUUGCCUCUCCUGUGCUCUCCAUCCUCUCUUCCCCUUGCCUCUCCUGUGCUCUCCAUCCUCUCUUCCCCUUGCCUCUCCUGUGCUCUCCAUCCUCUCUUCCCCUUGCCUCUCCUGUGCUCUCCAUCCUCUCUUCCCCUUGCCUCUCCUGUGCUCUCCAUCCUCUUUUCCCCUUGCCUCUCCUGUGCUCUCCAUCCUCUCUUCCCCUUGCCUCUCCUGUGCUCUCCAUCCUCUCUUCCCCUUGCCUCUCCUGUGCUCUCCAUCCUCUCUUCCCCUUGCCUCUCCUGUGCUCUCCAUCCUCUCUUCCCCUUGCCUCUCCUGUGCUCUCCAUCCUCUCUUCCCCUUGCCUCUCCUGUGCUCUCCAUCCUCUUUUCCCCUUGCCUCUCCUGUGCGCUCCAUCCUCUCUUCCCCUUGCCUCUCCUGUGCUCUCCAUCCUCUUUUCCCCUUGCCUCUCCUGUGCUCUCCAUCCUCUCUUCCCCUUGCCUCUCCUGUGCUCUCCAUCCUCUUUUCCCCUUGCCUCUCCUGUGCUCUCCAUCCUCUCUUCCCCUUGCCUCUCCUGUGCUCUCCAUCCUCUUUUCCCCUUGCCUCUCCUGUGCUCUCCAUCCUCUCUUCCCCUUGCCUCUCCUGUGCUCUCCAUCCUCUCUUCCCCUUGCCUCUCCUGUGCUCUCCAUCCUCUCUUCCCCUUGCCUCUCCUGUGCUCUCCAUCCUCUCUUCCCCUUGCCUCUCCUGUGCUCUCCAUCCUCUCUUCCCCUUGCCUCUCCUGUGCUCUCCAUCCUCUCUUCCCCUUGCCUCUCCUGUGCUCUCCAUCCUCUUUUCCCCUUGCCUCUCCUGUGCUCUCCAUCCUCUCUUUCCCUUGCCUCUCCUGUGCUCUCCAUCCUCUUUUCCCCUUGCCUCUCCUGUGCUCUCCAUCCUCUCUUCCCCUUGCCUCUCCUGUGCUCUCCAUCCUCUCUUCCCCUUGCCUCUCCUGUGCUCUCCAUCCUCUCUUCCCCUUGCCUCUCCUGUGCUCUCCAUCCUCUCUUCCCCUUGCCUCUCCUGUGCUCUCCAUCCUCUUUUCCCCUUGCCUCUCCUGUGCUCUCCAUCCUCUCUUCCCCUUGCCUCUCCUGUGCUCUCCAUCCUCUCUUCCCCUUGCCUCUCCUGUGCUCUCCAUCCUCUUUUCCCCUUGCCUCUCCUGUGCUCUCCAUCCUCUCUUCCCCUUGCCUCUCCUGUGCUCUCCAUCCUCUCUUCCCCUUGCCUCUCCUGUGCUCUCCAUCCUCUCUUCCCCUUGCCUCUCCUGUGCUCUCCAUCCUCUCUUCCCCUUGCCUCUCCUGUGCUCUCCAUCCUCUCUUCCCCUUGCCUCUCCUGUGCUCUCCAUCCUCUCUUCCCCUUGCCUCUCCUGUGCUCUCCAUCCUCUCUUCCCCUUGCCUCUCCUGUGCUCUCCAUCCUCUUUUCCCCUUGCCUCUCCUGUGCUCUCCAUCCUCUCUUCCCCUUGCCUCUCCUGUGCUCUCCAUCCUCUCUUCCCCUUGCCUCUCCUGUGCUCUCCAUCCUCUUUUCCCCUUGCCUCUCCUGUGCUCUCCAUCCUCUCUUCCCCUUGGCUCUCCUGUGCUCUCCAUCCUCUCUUCCCCUUGCCUCUCCUGUGCUCUCCAUCCUCUCUUCCCCUUGCCUCUCCUGUGCUCUCCAUCCUCUCUUCACCUUGCCUCUCCUGUGCUCUCCAUCCUCUCUUCCCCUUGCCUCUCCUGUGCUCUCCAUCCUCUUUUCCCCUUGCCUCUUCUGUGCUCUCCAUCCUCUCUUCCCCUUGCCUCUCCUGUGCUCUCCAUCCUCUCUUCCCCUUGCCUCUCCUGUGCUCUCCAUCCUCUCUUCCCCUUGCCUCUCCUGUGCUCUCCAUCCUCUUUUCCCCUUGCCUCUCCUGUGCUCUCCAUCCUCUUUUCCCCUUGCCUCUCCUGUGCUCUCCAUCCUCUCUUCCCCUUGCCUCUCCUGUGCUCUCCAUCCUCUCUUCCCCUUGCCUCUCCUGUGCUCUCCAUCCUCUCUUCCCCUUGCCUCUCCUGUGCUCUCCAUCCUCUCUUCCCCUUGCCUCUCCUGUGCUCUCCAUCCUCUCUUCCCCUUGCCUCUCCUGUGCUCUCCAUCCUCUCUUCCCCUUGCCUCUCUUGUGCUCUCCAUCCUCUCUUCCCCUUGCCUCUCCUGUGCUCUCCAUCCUCUCUUCCCCUUGCCUCUCCUGUGCUCUCCAUCCUCUUUUCCCCUUGCCUCUCCUGUGCUCUCCAUCCUCUCUUCCCCUUGCCUCUCCUGUGCUCUCCAUCCUCUCUUCCCCUUGCCUCUCCUGUGCUCUCCAUCCUCUCUUCCCCUUGCCUCUCCUGUGCUCUCCAUCCUCUUUUCCCCUUGCCUCUCCUGUGCUCUCCAUCCUCUUUUCCCCUUGCCUCUCCUGUGCUCUCCAUCCUCUCUUCCCCUUGCCUCUCCUGUGCUCUCCAUCCUCUCUUCCCCUUGCCUCUCCUGUGCUCUCCAUCCUCUCUUCCCCUUGCCUCUCCUGUGCUCUCCAUCCUCUCUUCCCCUUGCCUCUCCUGUGCUCUCCAUCCUCUCUUCCCCUUGCCUCUCCUGUGCUCUCCAUCCUUUCUUCCCCUUGCCUCUCCUGUGCUCUCCAUCCUCUCUUCCCCUUGCCUCUCCUGUGCUCUCCAUCCUCUCUUCCCCUUGCCUCUCCUGUGCUCUCCAUCCUCUCUUCCCCUUGCCUCUCCUGUGCUCUCCAUCCUCUCUUCCCCUUGCCUCUCCUGUGCUCUCCAUCCUCUUUUCCCCUUGCCUCUCCUGUGCUCUCCAUCCUCUCUUCCCCUUGCCUCUCCUGUGCUUUCCAUCCUCUUUUCCCCUUGCCUCUCCUGUGCUCUCCAUCCUCUCUUCCCCUUGCCUCUCCUGUGCUCUCCAUCCUCUCUUCCCCUUGCCUCUCCUGUGCUCUCCAUCCUCUUUUCCCCUUGCCUCUCCUGUGCUCUCCAUCCUCUCUUCCCCUUGCCUCUCCUGUGCUCUCCAUCCUCUUUUCCCCUUGCCUCUCCUGUGCUCUCCAUCCUCUCUUCCCCUUGCCUCUCCUGUGCUCUCCAUCCUCUCUUCCCCUUGCCUCUCCUGUGCUCUCCAUCCUCUUUUCCCCUUGCCUCUCCUGUGCUCUCCAUCCUCUCUUCCCCUUGCCUCUCCUGUGCUCUCCAUCCUCUUUUCCCCUUGCCUCUCCUGUGCUCUCCAUCCUCUCUUCCCCUUGCCUCUCCUGUGCUCUCCAUCCUCUCUUCCCCUUGCCUCUCCUGUGCUCUCCAUCCUCUCUUCCCCUUGCCUCUCCUGUGCUCUCCAUCCUCUCUUCCCCUUGCCUCUCCUGUGCUCUCCAUCCUCUUUUCCCCUUGCCUCUCCUGUGCUCUCCAUCCUCUCUUCCCCUUGCCUCUCCUGUGCUCUCCAUCCUCUCUUCCCCUUGCCUCUCCUGUGCUCUCCAUCCUCUCUUCCCCUCGCCUCUCCUGUGCUCUCCAUCCUCUUUUCCCCUUGCCUCUCCUGUGCUCUCCAUCCUCUCUUCCCCUUGCCUCUCCUGUGCUCUCCAUCCUCUCUUCCCCUUGCCUCUCCUGUGCUCUCCAUCCUCUUUUCCCCUUGCCUCUCCUGUGCUCUCCAUCCUCUCUUUCCCUUGCCUCUCCUGUGCUCUCCAUCCUCUCUUCCCCUUGCCUCUCCUGUGCUCUCCAUCCUCUCUUCCCCUUGCCUCUCCUGUGCUCUCCAUCCUCUUUUCCCCUUGCCUCUCCUGUGCUCUCCAUCCUCUCUUCCCCUUGCCUCUCCUGUGCUCUCCAUCCUCUAUUCCCCUUGCCUCUCCUGUGCUCUCCAUCCUCUCUUCCCCUUGCCUCUCCUGUGCUCUCCAUCCUCUCUUCCCCUUGCCUCUCCUGUGCUCUCCAUCCUCUUUUCCCCUUGCCUCUCCUGUGCUCUCCAUCCUCUCUUCCCCUUGCCUCUCCUGUGCUCUCCAUCCUCUCUUCCCCUUGCCUCUCCUGUGCUCUCCAUCCUCUCUUCCCCUUGCCUCUCCUGUGCUCUCCAUCCUCUCUUCCCCUUGCCUCUCCUGUGCUCUCCAUCCUCUCUUCCCCUUGCCUCUCCUGUGCUCUCCAUCCUCUCUUCCCCUUGCCUCUCCUGUGCUCUCCAUCCUCUUUUCCCCUUGCCUCUCCUGUGCUCUCCAUCCUCUUUUCCCCUUGCCUCUCCUGUGCUCUCCAUCCUCUCUUCCCCUUGCCUCUCCUGUGCUCUCCAUCCUCUUUUCCCCUUGCCUCUCCUGUGCUCUCCAUCCUCUUUUCCCCUUGCCUCUUCUGUGCUCUCCAUCCUCUCUUCCCCUUGCCUCUCCUGUGCUCUCCAUCCUCUCUUCCCCUUGCCUCUCCUGUGCUCUCCAUCCUCUCUUCCCCUUGCCUCUCCUGUGCUCUCCAUCCUCUUUUCCCCUUGCCUCUCCUGUGCUCUCCAUCCUCUUUUCCCCUUGCCUCUCCUGUGCUCUCCAUCCUCUCUUCCCCUUGCCUCUCCUGUGCUCUCCAUCCUCUCUUCCCCUUGCCUCUCCUGUGCUCUCCAUCCUCUCUUCCCCUUGCCUCUCCUGUGCUCUCCAUCCUCUUUUCCCCUUGCCUCUCCUGUGCUCUCCAUCCUCUCUUCCCCUUGGCUCUCCUGUGCUCUCCAUCCUCUAUUCCCCUUGCCUCUCCUGUGCUCUCCAUUGUCACCGAAUAUAAAGGUGCGCGUGCAAGCAUGGAUGUGCACGAGUUGCGUUAUGGCAGGAAGUACGAUCGUCGUGAGGGUGAUCGCUCGCGGCGGGAGCGCUCACGAGAGCGCGGGCGUUCGCUAGAGAGGUCGCCGCGGAGGCCUGACCGCUCGCCGCGGAGUCCUGAGCGCUCGCCGCGGAGGCCGGCUUUUCGCGCCGAUCUGGUCCCUCUCGCGCCAGAUCGCCGUGAAGAAGGUGCAGAGCGCGAAGGAAGAGGCGGAUCCGAGUCCGUCAGGAUGGGAAGUGACCCGUGGCGGACGGAUACGCACCACGGGGCUGGUGGCGAAUGCGGACAUCGCCACGACACGGGAGCGUAUCGCUCGCCGGACGAAGGUUACCGCCGUCGCGAAGAUCGCAGUCGCGGGCGUGGCCUGGAGGAGCUAUUCUCUGGUCGGCAAGGAGAUCUCGAUGUGGAUGGGGAGGGCGAGGUCGAUAUGGCGGAGAAGCCGCAGGAAAUGGAUCUCGAGAGUGAAGCGAAGGGCGAUGACGAGGCCCAUGAGGAAGGCGCGGGCGAGCAGCGCGAUAUGCACGCCGAAGUCAAGGAAGCCAGUCCGAUGCUGGCGAGCGAGGAGGCUGCGCCAGGCGCGGCAGAAAUAGGCGGGAAGGAUGGUGCGCGGAACCAGACGCGUGGUGAAGAAGGCAACGACGACAGGAGGCGUAGCCGUGGAUCGCGCUCGCCGACCCCCCAUCAGCACCACGACCAGAAUCAUGGUGGCGAGAGGCAUGCGUCAGAUCCGCGGCUGCAGCAAGACAAGAGGCGCGACGGCGGGCAUCGCUCGCCAGAUCCGCGGCUGCAGCGUGACGAGAGGCGCGGCGGCGACCAUCGCUCGCCAGAUCCGCGGCGGCAGCGUGACGAGAGGCGUGGCGGCGACCAUCGCUCGCCAGAUCCGCGGCUGCAGCGUGACGAGAGGCGCGGCGGCGACCAUCGCUCGCCAGAUCCGCGGCUGCGGCGUGACGAGAGGCGCGGCGGCGGCUACCGCUCGCCAGAUCCGCGGCGGCAGCGCGAGGACAGACGUGACGGCGGCAACCGCUCGCCAGAUUCGCGGCAGCAGCGUGAGGACAGGCGCGACGGCGGCUACCGCUCGACUGAUGUGCGGCAGUGGCACGACGAAAUGCGCGGAAGUGGUCACCACUUGCCAGAUCCACGGCAGCGUCGUGGGGAGGAGCGCGGAGACAGCACGCGUUCACCAGAUCCGCGGAGCGCUCGCCUGACGCGCAACGGUAUCCUGGAGGAGGGUGGAGAGGCGAGGCGCGCUCGCCGGAUUGGCGGCAGCAGCUUGAGGAGAGUCACGGGGGCAGACAUCGCUCGCCACCGCGGCAGCGGAGCAGGGAUAUAA